UGUGGGCAUAAAUAGGCCGUGGUGGUUCUGGAGAAUCUGGCACUCCGGACAACAGCGCCCGAACCGCACUCUACUUGCAGCCUUCUGCAUAGGAGUGGAGACGAUGUCGCUCCUCCUGGCUCUGGGGCUCUUGGUGGCUGGGCUCUGCCCUGCCAUCUUCUGCCACCCAUGUGGCCCGGGAGCCCAGGAGACUGUGACUCCCAACGAUGGAGACAGCAGGGUACACAUGGACACCCUCACAGUGGCCUCCAGCAACGCAGACUUCGCCUUCAACCUCUACAAGAAGCUAACUGUGGAAGUUAUGAGCGAGAACAUCAUCUUCUCCCCAGUGAGCAUCUUGGCCGCGCUGGCCGUCAUGUCCCUGGGGGCCCUCAAUGCCAAGCUGAUGGAGCUCCUCCAAGGCCUCAGGUUCAACCUCACGGAGACCCCCGAGGCAGAGAUCCACCGGAGCAUCCAGCACUUCCUGCGCACCCUCCGGCAGCCCAACGACAAGCUGCAGCUGAGCAUGGGCAAUGCCCUGUUUAUCCAGGAGCAGCUGCAGCUCUUGUCCACAUUCACGGAGAAUGCCCGGAGUCUGUAUGCAGCCGAGACCUUCACCACCAACUUCCAGGACCCAAAUGCUGCCGAGAAGCUCAUCAAUGACUUCGUGAAGAAGGAGACUCAGGGGAAGAUCUCGGGGCUGGUCAAGGGCCUGGACCCCAGGACCAUGGUGGUCCUGGUGAAUUACGUCUUCUUUAAAGGCACGUGGAAGAUGCCCUUUGACCCCAGAAACACCUUGGAGUCAAAGUUCUACCUGAGUCCUAGGCGGUGGGUGCUGGUGCCCAUGAUGAAGCUGGCGAACCAGCGCAUCCCCUACUUCCGGGAAGAGGCUCUGUCCUGCACCGUGGUGGAGCUGCCAUACACGGGCAAUGCCAGCGCGCUCCUCAUCCUCCCCGACCAGGGCAGGAUACCUUGGGUGGAGGAGGCGCUGAGCUGGAAAUUGCUGAAGCAGUGGAGGGACUCCCUGCAGCCCAGGUGGAUAGACGAAUUCUACCUACCCAAGUUCUCCAUCUCCAGAAACUACCAAUUGGAAAGCAUCCUCCCUGAGCUGGGUAUCAGGGAAGUCUUCUCCCCGAAGGCUGACCUGUCGGGAAUCACGGGUGCCCGGGACCUGCAGAUCUCCCAGUUCUUCCACAGAGCUGUGCUGGAUGUGGCCGAGAACGGCACAGAAGCAACUGCCACCACAGGAAUUAAACUUAUCUUGACAUCUGCAAAAGUAGACCCGGUGAUUGUGAACUUCAUCAGGCCGUUCCUGAUCACCAUCCUCGAUAAGGAGAUCAACAGCGUCCUCUUUAUGUCCAGAGUGCUCAACCCCAAGCCAACCUAGAGCUCCCCACUGAGUGGGGUCCUGGCAAGGAGCCAGGGAAGGGACUCCAGGGAGCGCCCAGGCCUGGCCUUGUCUGUACCUGCUCUGCCGUCUGUUCCAUUGAGGCCUCCUGAAGACAGCAACAGUCCACCUUCCCCGACACUUUCCCUGUGCUUCCCUGCUGCGCAUCCACCUCCAUGCUGUCCACCUGUGUCCUGGAGCCAAGACUCUGACCUCCUGGGGCCACCAGAGCCUCGAGCCCUUUCCUGCCUUCAGUGCUACCCUCCACCAGGACCAGGCUCUGUCCGCUGCUGCCUCCUGCGGGGUCCCUGGCCUUGUCCACAUCUAGCUCAGGCCCUGGACCAGUGAGCACAGAUACAGGGAGAUAUGGGGAGGGAUGGUAUAGGGCAUGACUGGAGAGGCUGGUAGGAUAGCACACCCAUUGCUUGGCAGCUGUUCCCUGCAUGUGCCUUAUCAUAAAUAAACUUUGCCUCCCGUUACUUUCA